CACUAGGCCUUGCACUUCAGGGCGAAUACAGCUUUCUUGAAGGAAAUUAAACUCCAACCGCAGGGAGGGGGAGACUUCACCCCGUCCUGCUGCUGCUUCGUGGCCCGGUGGUCUGGGCACCUCCGGCGUUUACCGGAGAGCCCCGCGGCGCGCACCUGGCCAGGUGGGCCGGGCUGCAGGCCCUAGCGGCCGUCCCGGCGCCCUCGCCGCCCCUAGGCCGCUCGGAGCGGCUGCCGGCCGCGCGACUCCCGCGCCGCUCCCGCUCCUGCUCACGCUCAUCCGGCCCCGGUCCCGGUCUCCAAGCCCCCCAGGCCCGAGUCGGGACACGCGCCUCCGCCCCGCGGCCCCGCCGCCCGAGGUGGCCCCGAGGCGGCCUGGGUCGGGCGGGCGGGAGGCCUGCGGCGAGGCCCCUCCCCGGCGGGCGCGGAGUCUUGGGCUCAGAGGAAGCGGAGGCGGCGGCGGUGGCGGCAGCGCUGAGACGCGACCGAGCUCAUGGCGUCGCCAGGACACUCAGACUUGGGAGAAGUGGCCCCAGAAAUAAAAGCAUCAGAGAGAAGAACGGCUGUGGCCAUUGCAGAUUUGGAAUGGAGAGAAAUGGAAGGAGAUGACUGCGAGUUUCAUUAUGGAGAUGGUACGAAUGAGGCUCAGGAUGGUGACUUUCCAACAGCAGAGCGGAGCAGACUGCAAGAAAUGCUGUCUCUCUUGGGGCUAGAGAUAUACCAGGCACAGAAGCUUAGCCUCCAGGAUGCCUUGCAGAUCAGCAAUGACAGCAUGAAGAACUGGGCUCCACAGGUUCCUAAGGACUUGCCCUGGAAUUUCCUCAGGAAACUACAAGCCCUCAGUGCUGAAGCCAGGAACACUACGAUGGUUCUGGAUGCUCCCCCAGAUGCCAGGCCCACAGAGAAGGAGAAUCAGAUGGAAGAGGAGAUCAUUUACUGGGACACAGCUGACGACAUCUCUGCUGACAUCUACUCCUUCUCUGAGCUGCCCACCCCGGACACACCAGUGAACCCCUUGGACCUCCUCUGUGCCCUCCUGCUCUCCUGUGACAGUUUCCUACAGCAGGAGAUCGUGCAAAAGAUGGCCCUCUGUCAGUUCGCACUCCCCCUCGUUCUGCCUGAUUCGGAAAACCACUACCACACAUUUCUGCUCUGGGCCCUGCGGGGCAUCGUGAGGACUUGGUGGGUACAGUCUCCAAGGGGGCUGGGGAACCUGCGAGAGGACAGCAUGGUCCUGCCCCGGGCCCCCACCUUCGCCUUUGUGCGCAUGGAGGUCAGCAGCAACUCCAAGUCCCAGCUUCUCAACGCCCUGCUCAGCCCGCCUCACCGGCAGCGGGACUGCUUCUGGCACCGGGACCUGAACCUAGGCACUAACCCCCGGGAGAUUGCUGAUGGGUUAGUGGAACUCUCCUGGUUCCUCCCCAGUGGCCGGGAAGACCAGGACAUCUUUCUGGAGCCUGUGGCCUUUCUGAACCUGCGAGGGGACAUUGGCUCCCACUGGCUGCAGUUUAAGCUCUUGACAGAGAUCUCCUCAGCUGUGUUCAUCCUGACAGACAAUAUCAGUAAAAAGGAGUACAAGCUGCUAUACUCCAUGAAGGGUUCCGCCACCAAGUACUACUUCAUCCUGAGCCCCUACCGGGGCAAACGCAAUGCCAACCUGCGCUUCCUCAACCGGCUGAUCCCCGUGCUGAAGAUGGACCACUCGCACGUCCUGGUCAAGGUCAGCAGCACGGACAACGCCAGCUUCGUGCGCCGGGUUAGAGCCAUCCUGGCACAUGUGGCCCGCUCGCCCUGCCGGAGGGUGUCAGUGGAGGACAUGGCCCACUCGGCCCGCAAGCUGGGGCUGAAGGUGGACGAGGACUGUGAGGAGUGCCAGCGGGCCAAAGAGCGCAUGGAGCGCAUCGCCCGGAAGAUCCGAGAUGCUGAGGCCUACCGGAGAGAUGAGCUGAGGCUGCAGGGGGAGCCAUGGAGGAAGGCGGCCCAGGUGGAGAAGGAGCUCUGCCAGCUGCAGUGGGCCGGGGACCCCCCAGAGAAGUACAGGACCGAGCUGAGGCACCGGCUGCUGGAACUUCGCACCCAGCAGCAUGGCCAGGACCCUGCCUGGGGGGUGCAGGAAUUCGUCAGGGGCCUCAGCAGCCCAUCUCUGAGCGAGAGGCAGUACUUCUUGCGGUGGAUGGAGUGGGGGUUGGCUCGGGUGGCCCAGCCCCGGCCCCGACAGCCCCCUGAGACCUUCCUCAGCCUGAGACCAAAGCAUGGAGGCAGUGGUGGGGCCGGGGACCUGAGUGAGCCCCUGUGGCCUGAAGGCCUAGGGGUGGAGCACUUCCUGAGGGAAAUGGGGCAGUUUUACGAGGCAGAAGCCUGCCUGGUGGAGGCGGGGAGGCUGGCUGCAGGUCAGAGGCGGUUUGCUCACUUCCCAGGCCUGGCCCUGGAGCUGCUGCUGAAGGGACUUCCCCUAGAGUUGGUGGAUGGGGGCACUCUGAGCACCCCACUACGCUGGGUCACGGGUCUCCUCAAGGAGCUGCACACACGGCUAGAGAGAAGGGCACGCCUGGUAGUGCUGUCGGCCCUGGGGGUGCCGGGCACGGGCAAGUCCACCCUCCUUAACACCAUGUUUGGGCUGCGGUUCCCCACAGGGGGCCGGGGCUGUAGCCCCCGAGGAGCCUUCAUGCAGCUCAUCACUGUGGCUGAGGGCUUCAGUCAGGACCUGGGCUGUGACCACAUCCUGGUGAUUGACUCUGGGGGGCUGGUUAGGGGGACCCUACCCACAGCUGGGGGGCCAUUUGAGCUGGAGGCCUCCCUGGCCACCUUGAUCAUGGCACUGAGCAAUGUGACGGUGGUCAGCCUGGCGGACACAAGGGACAUCCCUCCGGCGAUCCUGCAUGCCUUCCUGAGGCUAGAGAAGACAGGGCACUUGCCCAACUGUCAGUUUGUUUACCAGAACCUCCACGACACCUCGGCCCUGGGGCUCAAGCCAAGGGAGCGGAGGCAGUUGCCUGAACCAGCCAGUGAGGCCAGCAGGACCGAGGCCCAGACAGAGAAGCAGGGUGGCGGCCUCAGAACACUGGCUGACCUGGCCUUCUGCAACCCUGAGAAGCAGCACGUCUGGCACAUCCCUGGCCUGUGGCAUGGGGUGCCCCCGAUGGCUGCUGUGAGCCUGGGGUACAGUGAGGCCAUCUUUGAGCUGAAGCGGUGCCUGCUGGAGAACAUCAGGAAUGGCCUGUCCAACCAGAACAAGAACAUCCAGCAGCUCAUUGAGCUGGUCAGGCGGCUGUGAGCAUGGCCAGAGGCAGUAUUUACUCAGCAGGUGGCCACACAGACCAGAUGACCAGGCCCUGGCACUUCGGAGGGGCCAGCCAGUAUCUGAUCCUCAGUAAAAUGGACAAAAGAAAAAGGUGGUGGUAGAAGGGGGCAUGGGUGGAGUGGGGGGAGAACCUGGAGUUUCUUAAACAGUAUUAAAAGGAAGAAAAAAAGCAAGGGAAAAAAAAGCAAGUGACCUCAUAGACCAGCUCAGAGAUGCCAGCAGGCCCCAAGGCAAGGCUUGGAGGUGAACUGGUUUCUGCUCCAUCUCUGAGCUCUUUCCCAAGGCCUGGGGGUGGGCCUUUUUGUACAGCUGCCCCUGGAGUGGAGAGUCCCAGGCAGGGGUUCAGAAAGUGACCUCUAGGAACCAGAGGCAGCUCCACCCCUCCCUCCAUGGGACACCCCCCCCCUCCAUGUAGUAAGUGCCCUUGGUGUGCCAGAUGCCACACCUGCCCUCUAUUUAUUGCUGGGUCUAUGCCACCUUCCUUGGCCCCACCCUAGGAGUAUCUUCUGGCUGUUGUGUCCCUUCCCCCCACCCCCAAAGCCUCUGUUUACACCUCUGCCAUAACACUCAACAUGGCCCGCCCGCCUGUGGUGGUGUCCCUUUUUGCAAGUCUGCCCUCCUCCAGACUGUAUCCACAGGGACUGGCACCAGGCAGGUACGCUUAAUAAAUGUUUGAUGAACAAGUGAAACGGGUGACUCACAAGUGACAGUGACAGGCUCCUCUCUGUGCCUUAAUUUCCCCCUUUCCUCAAGAAGGUCAGUGUCUGUCUGAGGCAGGGGUGCAUGCUAGGACAUCUCAAGUGAAGGGCACCUGAGAGAAUUAUCUUCUUUCAUUAUUGUAGUUGUCAUCAUUGUUGUCAUUUUUUAUUUAUUGAUUGACAUGAGAGAGAAAUCAGAGCAGCACUCUUGCAUGUGAGACUGGGGAUCAAACUCAGGACUUUGUGCUCCCAAGUCCAAAGCUCUGGCUGCUAUGCUAUUUCCCGGGUUACAGAGAAGUGUUUUUUUUUUUUUCUUUUUUUUUUUAAUGCCAUGCUAUUCUCUUCACUUUAUGCAGAAACUUGUUCUUCACUCUAUUGUUGGGAAGCUAAGCUAACGGUCUUUUCAGUAACUCUAAAGAAUCCCUAUUAUCAUCUCAUUUAUUUGUUUAUUUUGAUGGCCACUGGGGCUUCACCAUUCUGGACUGACUUUUUCAAAGAGAAAGCCACAGAGAUGCAUAUGCAUGAUCCAGGUUCAAGUAUGACCCCAUCACAUUGAAGAAUGUUUCAGUGCUGUAGUCUCCUUCAUUCUCUGCCUCUCUUAAGAAUGAAAGAGAAGGGAGCCAGGCAGUGGCGCAGCGGGUUAAGCACACAUGGCAGAAAGUGCAUGGACAGGCAUCAAGCAUCAGGAUCCGGUUCGAGCCCCCGGCUCCCCACCUGCUGGGGAGUCGCUUUGCAGGCGGUGAAGCAGGUCAGCAAGUGUCUGGCUUUCUCUCCCCGUUUCUGUCUUCCUCUCCUCUCUCCAUUUCUCUCUGUCCUAUCCAACAACAACAAUAAUAACAAUGACAAUAAACAAGGGCAACAAAAUAAAGUUUU